AUGUUUCUGCCGCCGGCCGUUUGGUUUCCGGUGGCGCUGUACGUUGCGCUGUAUGUGGGGAGGAGGCUGGCGCUGUUCCUGCGCGGGGAUGCGAACGUUGGGCUCCUGCUGCUGGGCAGGCUGCGGGAGGGGGCGCUCGACGGGAGGGUGGUGUGGAUAACGGGCGCCAGCAGGGGGUUGGGCCUGGCCCUGGCGAGGUACUACGCGCGCCAGGGGGCCAAGCUGAUCCUGUCGUCGAGGAAGAUAGAGGCCCUGGAGAAAGUGAAGGCCGCCUGCGAAGGGAGCCACGCGGCGGACGCGGUGCUCCUGCCGGUUGACCUCAGCGACAGCGCCGAGGCGCUGAGCAAAGCCGUGGACAGCGCUUUUGCAGCCUUCGGAGGUGCUGGAGUGGACUACAUAGUUCACAACGCAGGGGUUGGUCAAUCUGGGCUGGCUGUGAGCAAUCGCGCAGAAAUUGUGGAACCGAUCUUCCGCACCAACACCGUUGGGCCCAUCGUCCUCACUCAGCUUGCUCUGCCAAAAAUGAUGGAGCAGAAGAGAGGCCGCUUCAUCGUUGUAUCCAGCCUUGCUGCAAAGAUCCCAACACCAGGGCAGACUGUGUAUUCAGGAUCGAAAUUUGCACUCAAUGGCUACUUUGGUGCUCUGGCAUCUGAACUGGCUGACAGUCCGGUUGGUGUAACGAUCUGUUGCCCGGGCCCCAUUGGCCCUGGGGAAGGCGAGUCCCCACGUGUCCUCUUUGGUUCCGAUGGUCUGCAGCAAGACAACUUGAGACCCAGCGGCAGUGCUGUGCCAGCAGACAGGGUCGCAGAACUGGUUGCGACAGCUGGAUACUAUCAUGUGCUGGAGUGCUGGAUAGCCAAACAUCCGACUUUGCUGUAUCCCUAUGCCAUGCGAUACUGCCCAUCGCUGAUGUGGUGGUUCCUCAUGAAGUUCGGCCAGAGGAGGGCCAAAGCGCGAGUGGCUGGGGAUGGCUACUCCCUGAAGAAGAUUCUAUUCGGGAAAAGCGACUGA